AUGGCAGCUAGUGGCACAGCUGUAACGGUUCUCACUCCUAAUGGGAGAAGACAAACAGUUAAAGUGGCUCCAAACACGCCGUUACUGCAGGUGCUGGAGGACGUCUGCAAGAAGCACGGAUUUAACCCCGAUGAUCACGGUUUGAAGUUUCAGAGGACUGUUGUUGACCUGACGUUGCCCUGGCGGUUUGCAAACUUGCCCAACAAUGCCAAACUGGAAAUGGUGACGAGUACAAGGAAACAAGCCGUAGCUGACAGCCAGGUGCGGAUUGCACUACAGAUGGAGGAUGGCUCUCGGCUUCAGGGUUCCUUCUCGUGUGGACAAACUCUGUGGGAAGUGCUCACACAUUUCCCAGAAAUCAGUGUGUCGGAGCUGUCUGACUCAGGAUCCACUCCUGUGUGUGUUUACAUGAGAGAUGAGGUGAGUGGCGAAAGAACCACUAAAGAGGCCUCUCUGAGGUCUCUAGGUCUUACAGGAGGAAGUGCCAUUGUCAGGUUUUUACUCAAAAAGGAAAAAAACACCAGGGUUGAAGCUGAAAUGGAUUCAGCUGAUAUGCCAACCGCACCUGUUGCCAUGGAAACCACACUCAGGCCAUCCCAGGAGUCCGAUCCUGCUCCAUCACUCCAGAGACAUCGAACAACAGAUGUGCCAAGCUCAGACAGGCCGGAACCCAACCUGCCAUCCUCUGCCACAUCCACAGUCACACUUCCUAUUCAGCAAGAAGCUGCUCCAAACCCCGAGGAUGCAGUUCAGCCUAGCCCUCCCACAGGAAGUCAAGCACCAGAGGAGGAUGGUGAAACUGGACCAUCAGGACUAAACUGCCACCCGACAUCUCCAUCCCCUUCGGCUUCCUCUGCUCCUUUCAUUCCUUUCUCUGGAGGUGGUCAGCGCCUCGGUGGUCCAGGGGGAGGGGUUGCACGCUCCCUCUCUUCAUCAUCCUCAUCUCUGUCAGCAUUCGCCGCUCCAGUCGAGUCACCCAAAGCCAAGAAAGCCACAUCCAGUCACAGUUCAAGCACAAAGUGCAAAGCCACUACCAGUGUGCAACGGGAUAGUGUGGAUGAUGGGGAGGAGUUCUUAGAGCCGGUGGAGAGGGAGCCUCUCAUCUACCACCUGGACUCGACAGCCCAUCGCUCUGAGGACUACGGGAAUCUGCCCGACGAGUUCUUUGAAGUGACCGUGGAUGAUGUGCGGAAACGCUUUGCCCAGCUGAAGAGCGAGAGGAAGUUAUUAGAGGAGACUCCGCUUAUGACUAAAUCUCUGAGAGAAGCACAGAUAAAGGAGAAGAUGGAUAGAUAUCCCAAAGUGGUCCUGAGGGUCCAGUUUCCAGACAGAUAUGUUCUACAGGGCUACUUCAGGCCUCUAGAGACAGUUGGUACUCUGAGGCACUUUGUAAGGAGUCAUUUGGAGGAUCCUCAGCUCAGUUUCUACCUGUUCAUCACCCCUCCAAAAACUAUUCUGGAGGACCCUUCAGUUACACUUUGCCAGGCCGACCUGUUUCCCGGUGCACUCCUAUACUUCGGCUCUGAUGUCAAGACAGAUUUUUACAUAAAGAGGGAACUGCUCGAAUCCUCUGUCUCAGCCUUACAAGCAAAUGAGUCCGUUGCAAGCUGCAUGCUCCAGACCUCAACUACCUCCUCAAGCUCUGUGGGCUUUGAGGAGCCGCUGCCUCCCCUGGAGCCUACAGUGGAAGCCAGCAGGUCCACACAAGACGAGGAAGACCCAUCGACACACACCCAGGCCGCUAAACCUGCCAGAUCUGACCCGGGAAAGGUGCCCAAGUGGCUCAAGCUUCCAGGUAAGAAGUAAAACUUCUGCUGUGUGCUGACGGAGGACCGACCGCAACACUGAGUGAUGCACUUAAAUUUUCACUUCACUCGGCUUUGUGACCUGCAGUGGAUUUAAUCCAUCAUGGA